AUGGAGGAUUUCAUGCGCGAGCGAUGGGAAUCCAAUUACUUGCUCAACUGGGAUGCGAAUGACAUGCUGGCGCUGCUCAACACCUGGCAGACCGCUGAUGUUUCCGCAAUCAAGGAUGGGGGUGACCUCGAGAAGUGUCUGGGCGCAGUCAAGGCCAAGGGCCUGAUCAUGCCGUGCAAAACGGACUUGUACUUCACUCCGGAAGACAGCAAAGUAGAGACCUCGUACCUGAAGAGUACUGCAAAGCUAGUCAUCAUCGAGUCCUUCUGGGGACAUGUUGCUGGGGGAUCUUCCAGCCCGGAUGACCUCGCUUUCGUGCAGGCUCAAGUCAAGGCCUUCCUCGAGAGCGAGUAA